AUGUUAUGCCGAGGCGCGACAACGCGCGUCCCAAUCAUACCAGGUAAACCCCGACCCCGACUCGGACGCCGAGGUCGAUCUGAAUAUCCAGAGGCCCGGCCUGAAUCUCUUCCGCUCAUGGCGGCUUCGAGGAAUGGGUAUGUGGAUAUGGUUCGCUUUUUGAUUCGGCGGGAUUGGGGAUUGGUUUAUUUGUUGGAUGGGGUUGGAUUUUCGGCGCUCUGUUAUGCGGUUCAGUUUGGGGUUGUGGAUGUUGUGGGGGUUUUGUUGGGGGUUGAUGAGGUGGAUGAGGAUGGGUCUAGUGUGGCUCGGAUUAUUCAGAGGGGGAAUGCGUUGGAAUGGGGGAGGGUUGAGAUUUUGAAGAUGUUGUUGGAGGAUGGACGGAGUGGAUUCGAUAAGGAUAGUCUUCUGGCUGCGGUUUUGGGGGGUGAGGUUGAGUGUGUUAGGGCUUGUUUGGAGAUUGAUACCGUUGGAGAAGGGGCGGAUGAUGCGUAUCAUGUUUUCAGGGAGGAUGAGUUGGCGGAGGCUUGUGAUAGGGGUUAUGAAGAUAUUGUUCUUCUGAUACUGGAGUUUGCGGCGAGGAGUGGUCAUGAGGGUAUCGUGAGAAUCUUGCUUGCUAGGGACGAUGUUGAUCCUGAGAAGCCGUCCAAGUCUGGCCGUACGCCGUUUUGUUGGGCUGCAGUAAAGGGACAUGUCGGGGUGAUGAAGCUUCUGCUGGAGACCGGGAAGAUCGAUGUUAAUUCGCGAACGGAUGAUUUGACAACGCCGCUGUCUUGUGCUGCUGCUGCUGGGGAAGAAGCUUCUGUGCGACUUUUGCUCUCGCUUGAUGAGGUCGAAGUCGAAUCGAGGGAUAUCUAUGGCCGGACGGCGACUUUUUUGGCUGCGGCGAAAGGUGCUGUGGGUGCUGUGAGAGUGCUACUGGAGUCUAGAAGGGCGGACCCUGAAGCAAAAGAUCAGAUCCAUGGAUUUACUCCUCUGAUUGCUGCGAUUGAUCAGGGGCAAUUUGCUCAAAAGCCACGUUCUAGUUUCUUCGCCCAUGAGCUUGGUGGUACUCCCCUUCCCUCUGCCUGUCAGGAUAUUCUCAAUUUACUGCGUGACGCGGGUGUUCCUGUUUCUCCGGAUUGGAUGAAGACGGAGGAAAUGGGUCAUGAUUAUCCUGACAGUGAGAGGAAAUUCGUGGCCCGCGAUGCCCUAGAAGUGAUGAGAGUAUUUCUUGCAUGCCCGGACUCGGUGAACCCGAACACAUCGAGGGACGAUGGCAAAACGCCUUUGAUGCAUGCAAUAACCAGACGUCAGGUUGAUGCCGUGCAGUUACUGCUAUCUUCAAGCAGGAUCGAUGUCAAUGUUACGGAUAAGAAUGGUCAGACCGCGUUGGAAUAUGCGAAUGAGAUAUAUAGACCCGAUUCUCGACAUCUUCCGCGGCAUGAUAUCCGCUCGCCGAUAGGGCACCGGCCUGGGGUAAGCCGCCGACGGCACGCUCGGGCGGGUGAGCUGGAGUCACUGGAGUUGUUGUGA